GCCCAAGAGACGAUUUUGCAGGGACUGGUCAGUAAAAAUAGUAACUAUAUGGUUAUUUUUGUCCAAUUGAUGUUCUAAUUUAGUAUCCGACCUUUCAACAUCGUCGCCAAACUAUUGAUGUACCAAAGGACAUAACCUGAGCGCUGUCACUGCGAUCCUGAAGUCUGGUGACGUUGAAUUAGGACGUUUUGUGCACACUGUCAACUUCGCAAGAGGCCAUUUUCCUGAUCUAAAAGACCGACGUCUCUUAUUGAACCACAAGGUGUAACUGAACAUCUUGGUGAAGGUUGUGUCUGAGUGAUUUUUCUACAACUCUACCUUUCUGGCUUCCAACGAUUUCAUCAUCGACCAAGUGGAGGAUAUCUCAUUAGAGAAAGACUAAAAUAUCAUAAUACAGAGGCAAGAUGGGGCGCAAGAAAAUUCAGAUAUCUCGCAUAGGAGAUGAACGAAAUAGACAGGUCACAUUCACAAAGAGGAAAUUUGGCUUAAUGAAGAAAGCAUAUGAACUGAGCGUGUUAUGUGACUGUGAAAUAGCACUUAUCAUAUUCAAUAGUUCCAACAAGUUGUUUCAGUACGCCAGUACAGACAUGGACAAAGUGCUGCUCAAAUAUACAGAGUAUAAUGAGCCACAUGAAAGUAGGACUAACAAAGACAUCAUUGAGGCCCUAAACAAGAAAGAACACAAAGGCUGUGACAGCCCUGAACCAGAAGCUGACCAGUAUGUCCUCACACCAAGAACAGAAGAAAAAUACAAUAAAAUAAACCAAGAAUUUGACUUGAUGAUUCAGCAAAACCAGUUAGGCACAAGGGCGAUGCAAAGAUACCCCAAUGCAAUGCCAGUCGCAGUCCCGGUUAACUCAGGCUUCUCUGCCCAGGGCAGUCAACAGUCCUCAGGGGUGGUCACCAGUUCCACUGGUCUCAUGCAGCAACUGCCUGCUCAGACGCUUCCACCCCCGAGCCACAGUCCGAGGCCUGGCUCUGCAGGUAUGUACACGCAUAAUGCGAUCUACGCUACCCAGAAUGGGCGACAGUCUCAUAGUCCGGGAGUAGUCAUCAACUCGUCGGGCAUAAUGCAGCUCCCCGCUCCAAGCCACAGUCCAAGACCUAAUUCUACAGGCGGUAUGAUGGACAUGUCGCCCAAUGGUUAUCAGCAAGGUUCUCCAAAUGGUGCUGUUGGUUCCCCUGGCGGGACUGUCAAGCAGUUGUCCAAACACUCCCCACCCACGUCCACUACUGGCCGGCCCAAUCUACGCGUGGUGAUUCCUAGCAGUAGAGGUGAUCUCAGGGAGGGAGAGGGCCAGACAAGGACCAGCACAAACACCUUAGCAACCCCAGUUGUUUCCAUGGUAACUUCAGGUAUCCCGGGAACGGCAUAUCCGUCCGCUGCUUUAACAUCAUUUCAACAUACAGAUUUUUCUGCCGAGUUGGGCCAACUAGGUUUCAAUUCGCCGGGUAUCCUAGCGGGAGGCUGGCCUGGACAAGGCCCAUUAUCAGCUGCAGUCCAAGCUGUGGGAUUGAAUCAUCCUCAGGGGAGCUUAAACCCAUCAGUCUCUCACAUGCAGACGUUAUCAGUAAACACAGUCAAUCAGAGCAUGAACAUCAAGAGUGAGCCGAUAUCGCCACCUAGGGAACCGACGCCAUCUAGUCAUCUCAUGCGACCGCCAUCGGCAGGUCAGGGCCACGUCUCGCCUGCUCAUAUAUCGGGUGGGAGUAAUUCAUCAUCACCGGUGGGAAGUAACGAAUACGAAGGGGGGCCGAUCUCAAAACGGCCAAGAGUGACUUCUGAGGGCUGGUCUACUUAGUCCUCAAUAGGUGGCAGCAGAGGCGUGGACUAUUUUGUGUCAGACAUGUUAUAGACAUUGUGGAGAUUAUCAACACGCAAGCAUGCCCACUGUGUUCACUUUGUAAUGCAUAUUUUAGUCGUUUUCUGUUCAUGUCGAAACAUACCGAGUAUCCAGGUCACUUGCAUCGGGCAUUCUGUAUUCAUGUGGGGAAUUCGGGCAGCCUUCACGCAGUGACAUCUGGGGGAUUUCUCUUAUCUAAAUUAUUUUCUUUAGAACCAAUUGUGAUAUGCCUAUUGAGCUUUAAGAAAUGUUAGCGUCGGAGGCUGUUUGUUUCCUUGUGAUGAUGUUUGCCUGGUGUUUUUUUUGUCGAUCAGGUUGUCAACAUUCCUUAUUAUAAACUGGGCUUAAUCACCAGUUAUAGAGGUAUCAGUUCGGUGUUAAUGUCCCGGUGAACUUGUGCUGUAACUCAGGCCAUCGUAAUUCAAGACAUUUUCUGUAAAGGUCAGUUCAAUCCGACCAAUGCACAUGUAUUCAAAAAGAAAAUAAUCAAAUUGAGGGCGGAUCAUGUGUUAUUAAGAAAUCUUACAUAUCCUGCAUGAAGAUAUCUCAACAAGAUUUAUCUGUUCAUAUGGUUUUCCUUAGAUUUUGAUAGGAUUGUGAAAUUACGAUUUUAAGAAUUUCUGAUGAAUUGCGAAACAACGGUUUUGAAAACUUCUGGAUAUAGCCUGCGGAUUUCUUGAUGGUUUAUUUAUUUAUUUGCGAUGGAAUUUUCAUUGCAAUGGAUGGACGUGGAGGAGAUAUUAGUCACCAACAUUGGUGGCUUUUAAAUGAAAUCAAUUUCGCAGUCCUAAUACUAGAUUGGUCACAAUUUGUCAUGUGUUAUAUAAUCUAAUUGAUUUCUUAUACUCUCCCCUUUUUAAUGGCCUGAGUCUGUCCUAGUCAAUUACACUUAAGACUGUCUGUUAGUUGACAACCUUGAGAUUGAACUUUGAUGUGUAUUCCGGCAGUUGUGAGAUCUGAAUUACAGGCAUUUUGUUACACUGAUAACAAUAAUUAGAUGUCACUGAUGGCAUAGUUUUCAUCUACAGCUGUUUGUACUAGUAGGUAAGGAAUUGUUUCAACACACAUUUUGUCAAAUUCAUCAAUGCACACCUGAAGUUGAGUGUUUUUAUAACUUGGAUACUCGGGAUGUUUAGACAAAUCCGUGCUUUUCCCAGCAGUUUGUCUCUGUUGGGAAUUUAUGUAGAUAUUGUAAGUGCUGAGAGCACCCGUUACGUUUGUCUUGUCUUAAUAAUAGGUCACCAUAUGAGUGAUUAGAUUGCUCACCUUAAGAGGGCGUUGAUGGUCAUUGUAGAUUGCUCAUGUACAGAUGGCGUUUUGGGUCAAUGUAUAAUUGGACCCUGGGGUUCAUUUGUGGGUUUAUUGUCCUUGAAUUUUGAAAACCUGUGUUAUACGAGCUUGUCUACAUAACCAGGUUACUUAUGGUCUAACUUAUCAAUGCUGAUUAGAGCAUUUUUGGGGACAGUGUUAUUUGAAGCGUUGACAUUGUAGAUGUGAGUACCAUGUAGUGUAUUCCAUACAUAAUAUUCAGUCUCCUUUUUGCUGAUUUUGUGACGAUUUGGUGGAUUUUGUGUAAAAUUGUGAGGUCCUCACUCUCUUUAUGUUCUGUGUAAAUGGCUCUGUUUAACUUUACUUUACUUAUCAUAUUAUGAUCUUUAGUAAAAACUGAGAGUUGCUUGGUAACUUUUGAAUUCAGAUGCUCGUGUUUAGUAUUGCACAUGGUGGUUUUCCUCCAAGUCAUGUCAGUACAUUCUCUCUGGGUCAACUCCACUUUGUCAGAUUCUAAUUUUCAUAAGUUUCCUUAAAUCCUUGCCAAUUCUGCGUAAUCGGUUCUGGAAAUUGUUCUUCCAGAUACAUCCCUAUUGUAAAAUAUUUCUUGAAUUUGCUGAUCCAUUGAUCAUGUCUAAUUGAUCUCGAUGUGCUAACCCGGUCCUGCUCAGUGGAAACCUCAACGUUAUAUAGUCAUCAAACUUCCAAUGAGAACGUUUUUGCCAAUGUUUUGCUGUUUUAAAUGCACAAUAAUGCAAUUCUACUCUUUCCAAACUGUGAGUCUUAUCACAGUGAGUGCUAUUGACGGCUAUAGUACUAAAUCUCUGAAACUCCAACAACAGCCCGUCACGAUGAGCCAUUUCCAGUUAUUUUGUGAGUGAGGAUUGUCACUUUUUCUGUCAAAUGUGUGUUCAGUUUGGUGGUUUUUAACUGUUCAGGCAAGUUGUGGGUUGAAAUUUUUUACAAUUUUUAUGAAAUUUGAUUUCCAGUCACGUGACAUUUGAUUUAGAUUCAUCAUGUGAUUGUCAAUCAAGUUGAUGCUGUUGCCCCUCAAUAUUGAAAUGGACCAUAUGCUGUAUUUAUUAUAUGUACAGUUGGUGGAGUUUAUCUUUGUUAAUUGGGGGUGACAGGUCGUUUAUUACAUAACCAUUAUCCUCUGUUGGACUGAGGGGGGCCUUUGAGAAGAAAUGCUGGAAAAUUUUGAAAUCACUUGUAAAGAUUUGAAUUGAAUGUUAUUAUCAUGAUUAUUUGUCGACAUCUGGUGAAGUUCCUGGUUAUCAUUCAUUUCUGUCGACAUUUCAUUGCCCUCGGUCCACAGAGCCCUGUUUGAACCAUCCGUAAACAAGUCAAGUGUGUAGGUGUAAAUAUAGCAUAAAGUUUGUUUUUAUGAUGUGUACAUACAAAACGAUUAUAUUGAACAUCAAUAUUUCAUUGAGACACGCAAACUGCCAGUAGAGAGACAAUAACAAACUCUGUUGGGCAUUGUUCAUAACGUUUGACAAAUUGGUGGCAACUUUCAUCAAUUGACAUUAGGGUGCAGAGAAUUAACAACAUUGUCAAUUCUGCCAUGUCAUCUUUCCCCACCAUUGUUGCAUCAAUGUGAGUGCAUAGUACAGCAUAAUACAUUGCUCUAUAACUGUGUGAGAUUGUGUGUAGAAGGGGUAGAUGUGUAUUUUCAUUCAUUGUAUAUUAUCUUCAUUGCCAUGACACAUAACAUACGCCAAGAUACUUCAUCCUAUGUGUGCCAGUUUCAUCAUUACGUAUUCAGUACUUCAGUGCAUGCAUGAAUGGAGAUCCUGUGUAUGUCAACAUUUCUAUGACAUACACACCAACUCGCGCAGUAUGUCAUAUAACAAUGCUAUAUACAUGUACAUGCAUCCUAACGUCUGCUUGAGUCAUCACGAAAUUGAUGCUGGCCAACCUCGGAUGGAAUAAUUCACAUUAUUCAGUCCUUCAUCUGUGCCCCGUCGAGUGCGUUUGGUGAUACAACUUGAACACUUUGUGCUCCCCCUAAAAUUUCAGCCCCUAUGGCUAAUUAACUUAGCUUGCUACAGCGUUAAUUCAAUUGCUGCUUCCAUCCCGAUCCAUGACUAAUCUUGAAUGAGUUGAGAGCUGAUGUGCAACUUCGUAAAUUGGUAAAUUCUGUAAAUUUGACUGGGAACUUUCUGAUGUAAUGUAUGGGGAAACCAGAGUCGUGGUAUACCUACUCUGUCAGAGGCCACAGCUCUAGAUUUGGUCUAAAUUUGGGGAGGUGACCGAAUAUUCAUUGAUGGAAAUUGGUAUUGUGAUUGAAAGGUCUUUCGAGAAAGGUGCGUUAUCUUUCAAUGAGCAUUUGGUAUUGGUUUGGACUCCCAUCAGCUCACGAUUGGAUAUUUUUGAUCAUGGUUUCAUUUGUCGAAUGCUAGACUGAUUGGAAGAGUCACCCUGUCUAUACAUUGUUUAGGAUAGAACUUGUGUAUCAGCAUGGAAGAUAAUAUGCCUGUAUUGUCACUUGGGAGAUCAUAAUCAUAACUGCCAUGCAAAUGCUGAACUUGUUAUUGGAUGAAAUCGUUUUUGUGUCACAAUAUGCAUUACCAAAUUCGUACCAGUACAGACUAGAAUUUAGGGUUUGACAUUUUACCAGCUAGGCUCUUACCUAUGCCAGUUACUCUGAGGACAGUAAAAAGUAGCUUUAUACUUUUAUGAAUCACAUUUUGAUUUCUGACAAUAUUUCUACCCAGGACUUUGAGGUAAUGCCUAGAAUUCCUCAGCAGCAUUUUUCUAAAAGAUAAGUGUUUGUGAUAGACUUUUCAUGGGCAGUUUUGGAGGUUUUUGUACAUUUUCACAUUUGGUGUGUCGAGUUUGGUUUGCGGCAGAAUUUGGUUGAUUGCAGUGCAAUAAGGAUAGAAACCCUCAGACAUAAUACCUCGGAUUAAACUUGCCCUUAUUAUUAUUGAUCUUUUAAUAGUCAAUUACUUUGAAUUUGUCAUUGUCAGGAGGGUAGGGAAUGCAAUUCAAUUCCUGUGCAGGUUUGCACCAGUGCUACUAAGUGUGAUGUCGAUUCUGAACGGAACUUGAUGGGGUUAUGAAAAACAGAUAAACAAUGCGUUAAAGUUUUUUAAUAUUGUCUACUACCAGGAGAUAAGUGAUCAUGUAAAUAAGAUGUGUUGCCACUGGUGUCACCCUUUUUGACCCACCCAAUCAUGUACAAGUGUUAAUUGUUACCAUGGUGACAUAUAAAUUGAUAUCUUAUUAUGAAAAUGUUGUAUAAGUGGUGGUCAUAAGAAGGUGGCUCCUUCCAUCAUUGCUGCCAGGAAAUGUGUAAAAAACAUUGACAAAUUAAGGUUAUGAUCAAAUUACUAUAUUGAGUUCUUAUAAGUUCACUUUUCAUUCAUCAGCAGUCACUGUGUACAAAGGUCAUUGCAUAACCGACAGAGUCAAAGGAUACUGUGAAAUGUUUGCAAUGCUGUAAGUUGAUGAAUUUGCUCAUUUUCAAUGCGUUUGACACUGCAUUCGCAAAAUCUUAAGAAAAAAUUGCUUGCAAAAAUUUCACAGUAUACAUACAGUAAAGGUCAAAUCUAGGCAUCCUGAUGAAGAUUUUUAGUGCAAAAUAUCUCUAGUAACUAAAACAGAGUCUUCUAUUCUAUCUAUCUGUGCACCGAUCCAAUACAAUUGUAGAUAUAUAUGUCGACCUUCACCCCAGUUUUGCACAUUAUUGUCAAAGAAGCCGCAUUUUGCCAUCUGGCUAUUUGUCCAGACGUUUGGUACAUCCUGUGUAUCGCUUGAAUCCGUGCACAAUUUUGUUGUAAUUGUUGAUGUUUCAAUAUUAAAAAGACGUUUGGUUGCUUGUUUGACUAACAGGUAUAUUUGAUGUGUCUGUUAUGUAUCGUGUGACUGGGAUAUGCAACUAUAUAAUAUGUACACGUUUUGUGUACAGCUGGUAUCUGCUGUGAACAGUGUACAGUUUGUUGUACAUUGGUUCUGUCCCUCAUUGUUUCACUGUCAUUGUCAUUCUCCCAUAGCAUGCCUAAAAUACACGCACACAAAGCCCAACCGAUAUUGAACCCCACGCCAGAGCAUGUUAUGGCAGUCAGAAAGUCGAUGUCUACCUGUCAUUCUGGCCCUGGUUGUUUGAAAACAUGUUAGCUCGUAAUAUCAUGUUGACAUCGUGGUGCAUGUACAUCAAACAACCUGUCAUCAUUGGCACAAUUUUGACAAAGCUUUGUGUGAGUGUAUUUUAAAAGUUAUCCAAUGGCAUGCUAUUUGAGGAUGGUCAUCAUUAUCAGGUCACAGAUGCACCCUUCUAUUGACAGGUCAAUUUGUCAAAUUUGGGUACUCCUUAAGAUGUGCUUCUGUGGCCAUGUUCUCAAGGUAUCUUACAAAUAUAACAUGACUAACAUCUUUGGUCAUGAAUUUCAUUUCCAUUUGGGCCUUUUUAUAGAGCAUGGGUCAUGGAGAACAUGUCACUGUUGAGACCUAUUAUAACAAAGGUCUGCCUCGCUGCGUUGGAUACGAGGGAUAUGAUGCCAUUCUAUUGUAAAUAUCUUAUCAUACAAUCACCCAGGCUCUAAAGAGGAUGGGUGGGGGGAGGGAUAAGUGACGGAAUUGUCCUGCAUCCGUGUAAGAUACCUUUGAAGAAACUUAUUAAGUGAAAAACUAGGGCUUUUUAUAUACCAGUGCAGUAUAAAUUUGCUGUCACUGGUUAUCAAAGUUGACAUUUUUUAUUACUUUGUAAAUUGAUUGAUACCAAAGGUAACUGAAUGAAUAAUGAAUAUUUGUUACCUGACAAAAACGUAAUGAUCAUAUUUUAAUUUUUCUAGAUGCUAGAAAAAGUUUGUUACACUGUAUAGAAAAUCUAUUUUGAUAAAAGGACAUUCCCGGGCCUGUUGAGCGUUCUCACAAUAAUAUUCUUUUCGCUCUUGAUGUAGAUAAGGUAAAAUGGCGUUCCUCUGCUUUGGAAUUAGCCAGUCGUAUUUGAUUUGGUCGACUUCUUCUCGACAGGUGCUGUGAAGUUGAAAAAACAUAGGCUCUGUACCCGUCUCUUGAAUGCUUGUGACGCAUGUCCUGAAUUCCACUCAUGUGCGUCUGCCUGUAUUUCAAGUAUUAGUUUGUGCGAAAUUAGUGAAAUAAAACACCCACAAAAAAUUGGCGGUUAACAGGAGUUUCCUGCAUUGGCGAGACGGGUAUCUGGUUGACUUGAGAAAUUAGCCAAAAACGUGAACAUGCAGGUUUUACAGAAUUUGGGUUUGUGGAGAACUUUAAUUGACUGAGGCUUGGCAAACAACUUGUUGUCAGUUGAUGAAAUGAAACAGUACGUUUUUCUCUGAUUUUUUUCUUGCCACUUCGUAAAAAGGAGCAUUUUUUUCCAAAGAGAAUUGAAAAAGUUAUAUUUGGGUCUAACAAUCAUAGCUUUAAAUUACAUGUAAAAACUUAUGAAAAUUAUAUCAAGUGUGGAAAUGUUCCAAAUGAAGAAAACAAUAUUAUUAUAUUGAAUUAAGAGAAUAGUUGUCAGAAUGAUUUAUAAUUUGGCAGCAAUAGUGGUGUGGACUGUAAUCAAGUCUUAUUUUGACCGGCAUCUUUGAACUGAGAUAUGGGGUGGGGGGGGGGGUGAGUAGCAUUCUGUUCUGUUGUCGGCAUGAAAGUGCUGUAAACGUCUUCAUUUUAAAAGUGAAAUGGUAAAGGAUUGACACGUAAACUUGAUGGAGGGGCGGACUAUCGACUAAUGAGGCCUAGCCUGCUGAGAAAAUGAAGGUGUUAACAGCAUGCAUAAAGAAAUUUGGAGGAAUUUGAAUUCCGAUGAUUCGUUCGUUUUUGGAGGUAAAAUGAAUAAUUGACAAUGGUUCAUAACAAGUGGCAUGCUUUUGUUUCAUUACCUGUACCCAAACGACGUUUUGUGUGCCUAACUUAUUUAUGUUGUCUAAUUAAAGAGGCAAGACAUUGGGAGUUGUUAUUGCAUGUGUUUGAGUGUUUGGCUCCACAUACUGUCGUUUUUUGGCUUCAAUACUUCUAUUAUGAUGUUGCUUUGUUGGGAGGUUCACUAAGGCAUUGAUACAUGUAGAUGGCAGCACUUGCCAGCGAUGACAAAUGCUUGAAUGACGUUGCUUUUUAGGGAGCUCAACAACCUGGUGGUCAAUAGCAGUAAAGUCACUCCUGUCAAAGAAGAAACUGGUGAUUGAUACAGGCUGGUGUUGCUAUAUGUACCGGUCUUUUCUUUGGCAAUGGCUUUGAGUCCAGAUAGAGUGUGUAUAGUCUCCCAUCUAUUAGUGAUACAACCACAAUAUUUUCCACCACUUGUAUUUGUAGAAAUUCCAGUAUAUCAGGACGUAAGUUGGUACGAUUUUCAUUUCAAUGUUACCAGUAGGUGUACUGUACCUUUGAGGCUUACAGUAUCUUACUGUAACAUUGACUUGAGCCCAAAAAUAGUCGCAAGUUGAAAUAGUCGUCCCCGUAAAAUCAGACCUGUAAAAUUGUUCUUUGUCCCCGGCUCCUUGACCAUAUGUUAAUAUACAAUUGUGCUUUGUCUGCACUGUGGAAUUUUAGCCAUGUUGCAAUACACCCCUUAAUCACCACUUGGCCGUAGUGAUUUUAUAUGGAUCUUUCAAUUUGAGUAGCCUAGUGUAAAUUGUAGUGAUUGUACUUUCUGGAUUGUUCUAGAACGUUUUCAUACAAACAACAUGUUAGAACAUACUGUGUAAUGACCAUUUUUAGUAAGUAAAAUGAAAAUCUUUUGCAUGA